AGUUUAGCGCGCACGCUCCACACAUGCGCACUAUUGACAGCGCCCAUCACGUCGAAUAAACAACUUCCUGGUCCGGGAAAAUCUGACAUUAUCGCGAUAGACGGGCUGAUCUGUUAGUACUUCUGCACUUCAGCGGCACGGGCCUGACGCUGGAAUGCAAAAGCAUAAGUUAUUUAGCCCAAACAAAGAACCGGGAAACGUCGGCGCACCUUUUCAGAAGUAUCACAGCUAUCCCUCGGGACUCCGCUACAGCCCGAGACAUGAAGGGGACUCUUAACGUGUGGGGAUGAGACGAGAUCGGUUAUUUCGACAUUUGCAGCUCUGGGCUCGUUGACUCUCUGUUUUGGCUCAGGAUGGCGCAGGGAGGCUCUCAGCUCGACUACCACAUCCUGCAGGACCUCAAGCAGCGUUUCCCAGAGAUCCCAGAGGGGGUAGUGUCACAGUGCCUUCUGCAGAACAACAAUAACCUGGAUCUCUGCUGCCAUCUGCUGGCUCAGGAGAGUAACAGAUACCUGUAUGGUGAUUUCCAUCCCAGUCCAGAGGAGGGGCGGCUGAACCGAAAUCCCAUGCUACACAUUAGCUUGGGCUACCCAGGUUCAGAUGCAAGCAAAUCAAAUGGAGGAGCAGGAGGAGUAGGGCGCUCCCUAGUGCACAGCACCAGUGACAGUCACAUCGAUCCGCAGCGACCCAACUACCCCGAACCGCUGUCAGCCCCUGCCGCCAUGGCUCCUUCCCCUGGAUACAAUCCUUUUUUCAUGAAUGAUCAGAGCCGCUCGGCCAGUACUCCCACCCCUCCACCCACAAUGCCAGGCAUGUCUCCCACAUACUCUUCUGUUUCACAUUACACCAUGAACCCUAUAACAGUCACUCUUUCGCAAAGCAUACCCAACGUCCCACAAGCUCUGCAGAUCCCUCCUGGACACUACGCAAACAACACCAACCCAAGCCUGUACAUUCGACCCUCGCCAUCUCAAAGCCCGCAGCCAGCACCCUGGUCCUCCUCAGGUGCACCUGUCUAUCAACAUCAGCAGUCCCCUUACAGCACUCCCACAUACGGCUCACCUUACAGCUCCCCACAGCAUCAGGUCCAGGCGCAGCCCCAACCGCAACCCCAGCUGCAACCCCAGCACCAGCCCCAGCACCAGCAGUAUGUCUUCCUCCCUAUUAGCUCCCCAACUCUUCCCAGCAUGCCCUACCAUCACCAGCAGCCGCCCCAGCAACAGCCUCCUGUUUACAGGCCGUACCAAACAAAGAACCUCCUUAAGAACCAGAUAGAGAUUACUCUGGAGGGUCCGCGGCCUCGCAGCAAUUCACCUGUGCACACUCCUCACCCCCAGGGACAACUUUACAUGUCUACCAGUUCUUCGCCCAGCUCCCCUUCGAGGGGCAUUGCAAUGAGUGCAGGCCCGCAGUCGUACCACCCUGGGGUGUACAUGCAGGGAAGACCUCGGCCCGCCUCGUCCCCUCAACCGGGGCAGUCAGCCUAUACGUUCAAAAUCAAAGUGUCCCCAGGAGGCCAGGCUCAGAGGCCCCCGAGCUCACCACCCGUCACUGAAGCCGAGCCUAUUCUCAACAUAGUAGACCAAGGGGCGCACAACGCCGCCCCUGCACCCAUCCUGCCCAUCUCCGCUCUACCGGGGACUAUCACCAGUCAGUUUCAGCCAAUGCCCAGACGUUCCAGCUCGGGCUCUGAUGACUAUGCCUACACGCAAGCUCUCCUGCUCCACCAGCGGGCGAGGAUGGAGCGUCUGAUGAAGGAGCUGCGGCUGGAGCAGCAGAAACUCGAGCAGCUGAAGGGUGACGUCAACAACAUGGAAUACGAUGCCCUUCAAAGACGCUUCCGACGAGUCAACUCCACCAGUCUUAUCCCCCGACCUGAGGAGAUGACCCGACUACGCAGUCAGAACCGACAGCUUCAAAUUGAUAUUGACUGUACACUGAAGGAAACAGAUCUACUGCAGUCUAGAGGGAAGUUUGACCCCAAAGCAAUGAACAACUUUUAUGACAAUAUUCAGCCUGGUCCUGUGGUGCCACCCACAUCUGGAAAGAAAGAAGGGACACAGGCCUCGAAGCGGGUGCCCCAGACGGACGAGGACUUUGAAGGCGCCCAGUGGAACUGUGAAAGCUGCACCUUCCUCAACCACCCUGCACUAAACCGCUGUGAACAGUGCGAGAUGCCACGCUACACCUGAGCUUACGCACUGUGCUGUAUCUCCACUCCUGCCUCAUCCCUUGCAAAUCCCUGGAUACUAUAAGCCCCGCCCCUCUACAGUCUGCAGAAUCUGUGUAGAGGUCUCAUCCCAUCAAUCAGUAUACGUCCCCUCCUACCUGCUGAGGAAGAGCCACUUAUCCCUCUCGUCCUGCUCUGGUCCCCUACUCCUGUGCACUUUGACCUUUGUUUUCUUUGAUGGAUAAUGACCACGGAGGGCUGGAGCUUCCGGCGGCAGACAUGUAAGAGCAGACUGCGGCUCAGACGGCGGGCGCAGCAGGCUUCAGAGAUGUCAGAGCGCUUUAAGGAUUGAGGAGGAGGAGCUGCGGUUUACCUGGCGACCAUUCCAUGCAGAACUAAUGACUGCCCUGUUUACACUGUGCCCAUUCCCAAAGUACAAAUGGAGACACUUGUUUUAUCCAGGACCUCCAGCUCCCCCAUUCUGACAGUGGAACAAUGAAAGCAAUGAGUAUAUAAGUUGUGACUAAUGCGAAAUGUAGACUUUACACUGUAUCUGGCUCUGUAUGAGAGCUCACUGAAAGAACACUAAAGACACUUGCAUACGAGUAUGUUCCUGGUACUUUUAUGCAUAUUAUUACCACCCUGUAUUAUGUGUUCAACAGAUGUUGAUUUCCUGUGCAAAUGCCUCAACUUGCUGUACUUAAUAAAAGAGCUGAUUCUAUGUGACUUGA